AUGGAUAUGCAGGAUUCAAGAAUGCAGGCUGUGGCACAGAUGCAAAUGCAACAGGACUCGAUGGGGUACGAUCGAGGGUACCCCCACAAUAGACAGGAAAGUUGGAAACAAGGACAAGAAUGUGGCAUCUCACUUUCUCGUCCUAGGAUAGAAAAUCGAAGUAACCAGUUACAGUCUCGACAACCUAGGAUGAUACGAAAUGACAUGGUCGAACAACGUACGAACGGAGUAGUACGAGAUGAGGAAUUAGCAGGACGUCCUGCUAUGAUUUCAAUGAAUCAGGAUGAUGUACCAUUUGAUCUACGAAUGGAACGAUCUCGAUCUCGUAGACCGACGGAGGAGUAUCGUGGGAAUAGUAGAAGUGGCUCAUUCUAUGGUACAGUGUCAAGUAAUUGCCGCAGUCGACGACCAGGAAAAUACUCAAGUGGUCAAAGUCGUCAACGAUCAGCAACACAGUGUUCUAGUACCCAAAUGGCUCAAGAUGGAACUAGGAUGCAAGUACCUGUACGUAACCAACCUGAAGGUCCUGUACGCUCGUCACUUCCUGUACGUACAUCGAAUGAAAAUCCUGUACGUAUGUCAGCUCCUGUACGUACAUCGAAUGAAAAUCCUGUACGUUUGUCAGUUCCUGUGCGUACAUCAAAUGAAAAUCCUGUACGCUCGUCACUUCCUGUACGUACAUCGAAUGAAACUAUUGUACGUACAUCAGUCCCUGUCCGUACAUCAUUUCCAGCUACUUCAUCUGAAAGUGAACAUGUGGCAUGGCGUGUGGCACUUGACCCAAAAAGUAAAAAACCGUAUUAUUAUCACCCAGUCACUCGUGAAACAACGUGGAAAAAACCCGCUGAACUUGUAGCUGCAGAAACCCGUGAAAAACGUCAUUUCUUUUCUGUCAUGGAAAAUAACAUUCGAUUAAAAUUACGUGAUGGAUAUUAUACACGUGAUAGUGAGACAUCAACAUCAAGUCAAAGUACACCCGAUACACUUCAUAAACCACACGAUCUUUCACCUCAUCUUUCCACACGAUCAUGUGCUAGUACCGUGAGUUGCAAUAGUACACGAAGUAGUUUUCAAUCAUUGACAAGUGGUUCAACACGUUCACUACCUGGUUCUGCACGUCAAUUGUUAUUUCAUUCAACAAGAUCAUUACCGACAACACCAGAAGGUAUGGGAAUCAUAACUUUACAACUUGAUACACAAGAAGAAGAACCCGAAAGUGAACGACGUCCAUCUCUUUUUCGAACUUUAUCUUCAUAUGAAACACCAAUUGUAUCAUUUUCAAGAAAAGGAAGUGAUGGAAUGGAAAGUGAAGCUCAUGUUCGAAUUAUCCCAUCACCGAUUCAAGAACGUUUACGUCUUGCAGCCUUAGAACCAGAAAUAUCGGAAUUAAAAGCUUAUACACAUGCUGUAAAAGGUAAGAAACAACAAUCUUCAUCUCAAUUUCUUUCAAGUAUCUUGACACAUGGAAAAGAGGAACGAAAUCAAGUCACAAGUGUCAAAUCUCGUUUCUUACGUCGUGCUAAUAGUACAAAUUCCAUUUAUUUACGUAUGGGAACAAUGAAUACACCAGAUCAAGAUGCUACUAUUCAAUGUGUUGCAACAGUUUUACGUGCCCAUAUGAUGGAAGCACUUGAUGAUCCAAUGCCAUCCAAUUCUCGUUUUCAAAUCUUUGUUACUGCUCAAGAUCGUCAACGAUUAACGUCCAUUACAACUGAAGUUGAUACUGAAGCCACGACAAUUGUUGAUUUGGAAGAUGAGGAAGUUGUUGUACCAACGUUAGUAGAUAUGACAACAUUUAUCAAGAUGGUCUUAACUCGUGCUCAAAUGGAAAGUGAAUGUAUUAUCAUGAGUCUUGUAUAUGUUGAACGAUUGUUAAAAGCAACAAGUGGAAUUCUACAAUUACGUGGUGAAAAUUGGCGUCGACUUGUCUUUUGUUCGAUGGUCAUGGCAUCAAAAGUAUGGGAUGAUUUAAGUAUGACGAAUGCUGAUUUUUCAAAAAUCUGGCCCGAAGUUUCAUUAAAAGAGAUGAAUGAACUCGAACUUGUCUAUCUCAGUGCUGUAGAAUAUAAUGUUCGAGUGUCAGCUGUGUCGUAUGCCAAGUAUUAUUUUCACUUACGUAGUCUUUGUGCUUCUAUGAGUUUACUUGAAGCUUUUGAUGAAAGUGUACCGUUAAAUCUAGAAGGAGCACGAAAGAUGCAAGUUUUAUCUGAAGAAUAUCAAGAACGAUCGAAAUUAAUGCCCGUUCCUCGUCGUCGUAGUGUGACGAUUACAAGUGUUGAAAGUCAAGAACGAAAUGGGGUUGACAAUGAGUCGAGAAAGAGUUUGAAAGCAUCACCUAGUGCAAGUUUAGAACAACUUGUCCAGAUGCAAGUUCGUGUAGCAGGAGGCAGUUCAGGAUCAUUUCUCAAGCGCUUGUCUUCAAAUCGAGCGUUCAAGCCAUGA